ACCGUCCAAACUCCAAUCCAUAAAUACACAUACAUUCUUAACUCAGAAGAAAUAGAGAAGAAGAAAGAUGUCCCGCCCCAUCCUCUCCCGCAAACCAGAUCUCCUAAUCCUCAUCUUCUUCUCCCUACACAUCUUCUUCGUCACAUUCGUCGACUGUCUCGAUCUCUGGCCCGAAUGGCUCUCUACAUCCCCGUACAUCCCAUUUUUCACCGCGGGCCGUUUGCUACGCGAUUUUUAUUUGCAGAAGUAUCAGGAUAAAUUCCUGGUAGAGCAACCGGGAUGGUUUGUGGUUUUUACCUGGUGCGAGUUGGGGUUCCAUUUACCAGUUUGUUUGUGGGUCGUUAGGGGAUUGUGGAAUGGGAUUAUUCCCUGGACCGUCGAGACUUUUUUCACGACUUUGCUUUGCGUUGUGGAAAUUUGGAAAUGGGAUGAUCGCUCUGAGGCGAUUAAAUGGGGGCUGACGGGGUGUUAUGGACCGUAUUUACUUAUUUCCGCGUUGUUGUUUGUUGUCAUGUAUGGAAAGGUAAAAGAGGCGUUGCUCUUACAGAGACAGCAACAGGUCAAGGCCAAGGGGCAGUGAAAAUGAUUGUCAUAUCGCUGAUCUAUCUCAUAAAUUUCCAAAUCAUGGUCCAUAAUAAUACACAAAAAACAUAGAAUCAACCUCCAAGCAGGAAUUCAAUGGCCUGAUCUACAUUGCCAUUACUAGCAUCCAAACCGGAUAUCGCCUGCUCACGACUAAAUCCCAGUUCCGUAAUCUUGUUUAUUGAGCUCGCUGACCAGCGUGAAGACGCCGACUGCUGUGAGGUUGAUGUCUCGCUGCCCAAUGUUCGAGUUUGCUGUUGUUGUGCGGGUGGCUUCUCGGCUUGAAGUGUGACGGCGCCGGAGCGCGCGCCGAUUUCAGCACCGUCUGCUCCACGAAUGAGUGGUUCGUCCUCGAAUUCGUCCUGGAAUUCCUUGGGGAUGUCGGCUUCUCCUAGAAAGGGGACUGCUUGGUCUUGAAUGACUAGUGCGCCUCGUUUCAGGUCAAUACAUGCUUGAUGGCGCUUCAGCAUGUCUAGACCUAGGAGGAGAUCAAUGUGUUUUCCUUCCAUGACUGUGAAAGAACAUGGUAGAAACAUAGAACCGAUUUUUAAUUGCGCCGAAUGUACACGUCCAAUGAUCUUGGCUGUUCCCACUCCUUUUGCAAUACCUCCAUAUCGCUGGUCGACGAGGCGCAUGAUAUUACAAGCUGCUGCACACUCGGGCGACAUGAUUGUUACCUGAGCACCAGAAUCGACGAAAGCUUUGAUGGGUUUUCCAUUGACUUCAACCGGAAUGUAAAGCAUAGUCACUCGGCCAAAUG